AAUAAGAAUUUCCCCACGUCCAUUAUUCUUUUUGAGUAUUUUCAUCGACGAGCUGCUUCUCCGGUCACGGGUUCGAGGAACAUGCACGCCAAUGUCGCUCCUCUUCUGAAUCUGUUCAUCUGAAAUAUACUACCGGUUUUUCUACGAAAUUCUUUAUAAUAUUCUGCAGCAAUGUAUUCUCCGGGUAUGGAAUCAGCACGAGAAGCCGGUGGAGUUAUGGGCACAGUGCUAAUUCCCAUGCGAUUUGUAUGGUCUCAUGGAGGGAGAAGUGUGUUUCUCACUGGCUCUUUCACUGGGUGGUCUGAGCUUUUGCCCAUGUCUCCAGUUGAGGGUUGCCCCACUGUAUUUCAGGUUAUUUGCAGCUUAAUGCCUGGGUAUCAUGAGUAUAAGUUUUUUGUUGAUGGAGAAUGGAGACAUGAUGAGCACGAACGUUUAGUUAGUGGUGCAUAUGGUAUGGUGAAUACAAUCUUCUUAUCUAGGGAAUCUGGUUACAUUCCCUCAAUCGUGAACCCUGAGAUGCCUUCUGGAUCUAACAUGGAUGUCGAUAAUGAGGCCUUUCGGCGGUUGGUCAGAAUUUCAGAUGGUUCAUUGCAUGAGGUGGUGCCAAGAGUAUCAGAGGCUGAUUUAGAGGUCUCCCGCCAUCGUGUUUCCUUGUUCUUGUCUACACACAUUGUUUAUGAGUUGCUUCCUGAUUCUGGAAAGGUUAUUGCCAUUGACAUUAAUUUGCCUGUUAAACAAGCAUUUCAUAUUCUGCAUGAGCAGGGAAUUUCUAUUGCUCCUCUUUGGGACUUCAGCAAGGGGCGGUUUGUUGGAGUUAUUAGUUCAUUGGAUUUUAUCUUAAUUUUAAGAGAGCUCAGAAAUCAUGGUUCUAGUUUGACGGAGGAAGAGCUUGAAACACAUACUAUAUCUGCUUGGAAAGAGGGAAAGGCAUAUCUUAAUAGACAUAUUGAUGGGUAUGGGGGAACAUUUUCAAGGAAUCUCAUCCAUGCUGGGCCAUAUGAUAAUUUAAAAGAUGUUGCUUUAAAGAUCUUGCAAAAUGAGGUGGCCACAGUUCCUGUUAUCCAUUCGUCUUCAGAGGAUGGAUCUUUCUCACAACUGUUACACCUUGCUUCACUUUCGGGAAUUCUAAAGUCUAUUUGCAGGUAUUUUAGACAUUCUUCUAGCUCAUUGCCCAUACUCCAACUACCAAUUUAUGCACUUCCUGUGGGUACUUGGGUCCCAAGAAUUGGAGAAACAAAUAAACGGCUGUUAGCAAUGUUGAGACCAAGCGCUUCUCUUAGUUCAGCGCUGAAUUUGUUGGUUCAAGCUCAAGUUAGUUCAAUACCAAUAGUCGAUGAUAACAACUCAUUAUUGGAUAUAUAUUCUCGAAGUGAUAUUACAGCUUUGGCAAAAGAUAGAGCUUAUACAAAUAUUAAUCUUGACGAAAUGACCAUUCAUCAGGCAUUGCUGCGGGUACAGGAUUCAUAUUCUGCUUAUGAAUUCAGCAGUCAAAGAUGUCAGAUGUGUUUGCGCUCUGAUCCACUGCAAAAAGUGAUGGAACGAUUGGCGAACCCAGGGGUUAGACGACUUAUUGUUGUGGAGGCUGGCAGUAAGCGUGUAGAAGGCAUUAUUUCACUGAGCGACAUUUUUAGGCUGUUGCUUGGUUAGCGAGAUGCAAAUUGCUAAAGUUAUAUUGAAAAGGGCUCAUUCAAUGGUUCCAGAAGCAAUUCCACCUACCAAUCUGCACAGGCACCGUCACCUGCCUUGCCUUUCAAGCAAACACCACUCUCUUCCACGGUGACAUCUCAGUUGUUUCAAAUUUGCAAUUGGAUCGGUCUCUUGCUUUCUUGCCUGAUUUUUUAGGAUAUUAGGCUAGAUCACGGGGGCCUGAAAAUUGAGAGGAUUCAAUUUUAUCCCAGAUAUUCAUCUCCUCCCUCUGGCCCACAUUGUUAUCAUCUAAAUUAUGCUGCUAAUGUUGCCGUCGUCAUCGUGAAGAGCAUGGGAUGCGUAAUAGUUUCAUAUUGCUACUAACAAGAAAUUGGAAAAAAAAGGUGGAAGAGUACGAAGUGAUUCAACUCAUUCUGUCCCGUGCUUACUUCAUCGGCCUGUGAUUGGCAUUUAUGUUCCCCUCCCCCCACCCCCACCAUUUUCAUGUUGUGAUUUAUAAUAAUGGAAAAUAUCAAACAUUGCAAUGCCAUUGUAUUUGUAUGUAAGCCUGCAAAGUUGAACCCUAGUAAUUGAUAAGAGGCCAAUUCCAUCCUCUUGACGA